AGCUCAAAGAACUCCACGCCAGAGCUGCUACCACGUGUUUGAAAGUGAAACUUUAACAGUUAACUUUGACUGUUAAUAUGUUUGUGACUUUGUGACGUUUGUGAAACUUUGUGUCUAAUGUCACGUGAGUGGUGCGUGGGAGUAAGUGAUUAAACAUUCUUUUUCCACUUUCAUGUAACCACUUUCCAGUGAUUCCUCGCAUAAAUAGCGAUUCCAUUUCCACCAGUCUAUGUAGAUCUAGCUAGGUAGUCAUAGAGAGCUAGAGUAGGAGGAAAGCCACUAGUAAGUUUUGCAAGGGUGUACGCAUUCUCCAACAAUGGCUAAGAGUACAAGCCGAGGUACAAGCAGGACAAGCCCUAAUCCUUCCUCUGCUCCUUUUAUAAACGUUUGCAAUAAAGAACUAAGUAUUGAGGACUUUUAUGAUAUUUAUGAGAAAAUCGAACAGCUUUCAGCUUGCUGGAAGGAGAUUGCCAUUUCCUUGCGUCUCCAAAUAAACACAAUUAACAAGAUAGAAGCUGAUUGUCGUGGAAACACCGUCACUUGCCUGCAGAAAGUUUUAGAGCACUGGUUAAGGAAAGAUUAUGAUUAUAAGCGUUAUGGUAUUCCUUGUUGGAGGAGAGUGUGUGUAGCUGUUAAGGAAGGAGGAGGUGAUCCAGCAUUAGCUGAUGAAAUAGCUCGUGAACAUCCUCUACCAGCUAUGCCACCUGCAGGAUCAACUAGUUCAAAAGAAAAAAGUGUCACUCCUGUAACAGAUGAGGUAGCUAUGUCACCAGCAAGCACUGACAGAGCAACAGGCACUAAUGGUCUUUCUUGGAAAAAUUUUGACUUAACAAGCAAACUGCAUGAUCUACGAGAAGAAUUUGAUGAGGCAGUUAGAAUAACAAAGAAUUCCUUUGAAUCAAGUGAUCUACCAAAAAUCAUUGACUACCUCAUUACACACACAAUGUCAUUACUUGGUCCUAACAAGAAACAACAAACAGCAGCUCAAGAAAUUGUUUACUCAGUUAAAAACGAGUUUGAACAUAUUGAAACAAUAUCAGAUUUAUUUGCCAUAUUGCAGCACAAAUACAUGUCAUGGUUCAACUAUAAACUAAUGAUAAAACUUGUUGGAGUAUUUCUACCCAAAAAUCGUUUGUUAAAAAGAACUUGGUCAGCAUAUGAAAAGAAGUUAAAGGAUUAUUUUAUAAACAGUGGUGGACUAUUGAAAGAUGCUGAUGCUGUAGAGUUUGGUAUAAAAGGUGUUCCUCCUGGUACACGAGUAAUGAUUGCUAAAGUUGACAGAAAUGACUACACACUGGAUGACAUAUUUUUCUUUCGUAGAGCAAUACCAAAUGGUUUAGACAUUCCUGAAUAUGAUCUUCACUUCAGAUCUGUUCGACAGCAGAAGAUGGUAUCACUUCUAUCCAGGUUUACUAAUAUCAAUAUUGCUAACAAGAAAGGACAGACACCAUUACACUUAGCAGUUGCCUCUGGUCAUAAGGAUACCACUGAAGCUUUACUAUUCUCAGUCACUGGUAGUUCUACUCAUCAUAAUCUCCUUACAGUUACUGAUAAUGAAGGAUCUAGCUUGCAGUAA